CGGCCGACUGCGUUAUAUUUAUGUCUGGAGGUCGGUAGUUCUGUAGUGUCAAUUUUACAAGAUAACUUAACAAACGCCACAUGUCCUCAGGUAUCUCGUCGAACGACUCGAGGCAGUUUUUGUUUUCAACCUCUAACGUGUCAUCGUGUUGGGAAUCACCUGUCUGGAAGCAGCGUUGGCUUGAGGAAGUCUUUGCAAAUAUAACUGAAUGUCAUUUUAGAACUUUCCAAUAAGAAAGGGGGGCGGAAACGUCCACUCUGUAAAUACCAGUUAAUCAGUCCCAACACCAGUGACUUGUCCUCGUCUAAACUAUUGGAUUGUGGUCAUCUUGUCGUCAGCAUGGGGAGCAUUGGAAGACUUUCGACCCAAGGAACUGUUCUGUUGCUUUGUGACAUGCAGGACAAAUUCCGUCCGACAAUUUUCCAGUUCACCAACAUUGUGAGCAACGCAGCUCGAGUACUUCAGGCUUGCCGGACUCUUGGCAUCCCUCCCAUCGUGACAGAACAGUAUCCCAAGGGGCUGGGUCCAACUGUGCCAGAGCUGGGGGCUUCAGACCUGAAGGCUUACGCUAAAACUAAGUUUUCCAUGCUGACUGAGGAGGUGCAGAGUGAGCUCAAGGCACUUGGGGAGCCGAAGAAGGCCAUCUUGUGUGGAAUUGAGGCUCAAGCAUGCAUUGCGUGCACAACCUUUGAUCUCCUGGAGAGAGGCAUAGAGGUGCAUAUUGUGGCAGAUGCCGUCUCUUCACGAAGCCAGACAGACCGGUUGUUUGCGCUGUCUCGUCUGAAGCAGAGUGGAGCUUUCCUCACCACAACUGAGGGACUUCUGCUGCAACUGGUGCAGGAUGCCAAGCACCCCAAUUUCAAAGAGAUCCAAAAGCUGCUGGCCCACCCCUCACCUGACACAGGCCUGCUGGGUUUAUUUAGCUCCCUGUGAUGAGCAGGAAGAGGCCUUUUUCACAACAAGUGCUUUCCACAUCGUUUUUGUGUGUGCUCUGCAAUAUGACACAGCAAUAAAACCUGUUUGUUGAGA